UGUCACAACACUGGCAUCGUCCACAAAGUGUAGGGUUUUCCCCUCUUUUGAACUCAGAGAUUUCCCUCCCCAUCGAACAGAUCCAUCUGCUUUCUUCUCUUCUUCCCCCAAUCGAUGCGAUAUGGGCGUGAAGAACUUGUGGGACAUCUUGGAAUCGUGCAAGAAAAUCCUACCGCUUCAUCAUCUCCAGAACAAGAAGCUGUGUGUGGAUCUUUCCUGCUGGCUUGUUCAGUUGCAGAACUCCUGCCGCACUCCGGCGGGCAUUAAGGAGAAGGUUUAUCUAAAAAACCUCUUCCAUCGCCUUAGAGCCCUAGUCGCCCUCAACUGUAGCCUCAUUCUAGUUGCAGAUGGAGCAAUUCCUUCAAUGAAACUAUCCACUUAUAGGAGCCGGUUGGGCUUUCAUAAGGUCAUGCAAGAGGAUGCAAACUCCAAUGCAACUUCAUCAAUUUCUAUAUGUAGAAACAAGGGUUCAGAAUUUUCAUGUAUGAUAAAAGAAGCAAAAUUCCUUGGAACAACACUUGGGAUACCUUUCUUAGAUGGGCUAGAGGAAGCAGAAGCUCAAUGUGCAUCGCUCAACAUGGAAUAUUUAUGUGAUGGAUGCUUCAGUUCAGACUCUGAUAUUUUCCUCUUUGGAGCUAGGACAGUAUAUAGAGAUAUUUUUCUUGGAGAGACUGGCUAUGUAAUCUGCUAUGAAAUGAAAGACAUAGAGCAAAAACUUGGAUUUGGAAGGAAUUCAUUGAUUUCUUUGGCUCUUCUUCUUGGCUGUGAUUAUUCUCAGGGAAUUCAUGGCUUUGGUCCGGAAUCAGCAUGCAGGAUUGUUAAAUCUCUAGGGGAUGACUCUGUCUUGCAUCAAAUUAUUUCUGUGGCAUUGAAUAUGGAAAGAAGAUGUCAAAGGGGAAAGAAGAUUACAAAGAACGACUGCUGUAAUGUGAACAAGGAGAAUGAACAUGUUGUCAUAGAGAAUUGGCAGAACGUGGAACCCGACCACCAAUAUGUUGAAGUUGUCAAUGCUUACCUAAGACCUAAAUGUUAUCCACCUGAUUCAGAAGCCGUGAGAAGGGUUUGUAUAGAUAUCCCUUUUCAACGCACACAAUUCCAGCAUUUGUGUGAACAGUAUUUCGGCUGGAGCCCUGAUCAAACAGAUCAUUAUAUCCUUCCCAAAAUUGCUGAAAGGGAUCUUAGGCGGUUUGCUAAUCUGCGUUCGACAUCAUCUGGGUUGGGAGCUAGAAUUCCUUUACACGAGAUGCCAGUUUCUUGCCCUGUAUCGGCGAUAAUAAAGCAGAGAAAAGUGCAAGGACAAGAGUAUUAUGAGGUUUCUUGGCAACGCAGGGAUGGUCUCUGUAACUCCAUUAUCCCUGCUGAUUUGAUUAUUAGUGCCUGCCCAGAAAAACUUGCAGAAUUCAUGGGAAGGAAAGCAGAAGUGAAGAAAGAAACGGUAAGGCCGAGAAAGUCAUCCAAAGCUACUGCAAAUGGGCUCCAUGAACCAGCAGCAAAUGCCAGAAAGCCAAGGAAGUUGAACAAAGACGCCAUUAGUAAAAUCAACUUCCAGCUUCAAGGCCUUUUGCUUGACAUCGAACGAGAAAGCCGUGCAUUACCUGAACCCGUUAAUUGCUUCCUGGAAACUAAUUCUGAAAAUGUAAUCCCCGAGCUCAUUGACCUCUGCAGCCCUUCCCCAUUGCCCUCUUCAUUUAAGGCUGCCAAAAGCCUAAAGUCCACUGAUUUGCACGUGGAUAUAAUUGACAUAUGCCAGUCAGAAAAUGAAGCAUCUUCUCCUGAACACGAGAAGAAGGCAAGAGAGCUUAGGUCUUUUAUCAACACUAUCAGAAAAGAUCUGUAUUAGACCAUCUGUAAUAUUGCUUUGCAUUCUGCUGUACAAGUUAAGAGUUAUUUAGCACUAAUUGUUCACCCUGCCCCAUACAUACACAUUCAAACAUUCCAUAAUGUGCCCAGCUAUUGAGGCCCAAUUGUGUAUUGUGUUUGAACUCACUUCAUUGUUUAGUUGGUCUAUGAGCUCUUCAUGGAACAUAA